AAAAAACAAAAAACUUUGAGCCAGCUUGUCUUUCUCUCUCUUAAGUCUCAAACCACCCAUUAUAUUCAUGGCUUCUUAUCAGAGCUUGAGCACUUUGGCCAUUCUUGCUCUAGGGCUUUCUUUGUGCAUACAGGGAACUCUGGGGUCCAUAGCAUGCGAGAACCUCAACAAAGACUCAUGUGCCUUUGCAAUAUCGUCUUCCGGAAAGCGUUGCGUGCUUGAGAAGCAUGUUCGUCGAAGCGGCGAGGAAGUUUACACAUGCCGAUCAUCGGAGAUCGAGGCGGAUAGGCUCAAGGAUUGGAUUGAGACCGAUCAGUGCAUUGAAGCUUGUGGACUUGAUCGAAAAGCGCUCGGAAUCUCCUCUGACUCUCUUCUUGAGUCUCGCUUCGCUCAAAAGCUUUGCUCUUCUAAGUGCUAUGACAGCUGCCCAAGCAUUGUCGAUCUCUACUUCAAUCUUGCCGCCGGUGAAGGUGUGUAUCUUCCCAAAUUAUGCGAAGCAAAAGGAGAAAUCGAACGUCGUGGAAUGUCCGAGAUCAAAAGCUCUGGAUACGUCGCUCCUGGACCCGAAUCAAUGAAGCCAGUGAAGUUCACUGUUGCCCCAGCAAUGGCUCCUUAUUGAAAUAUUUCACAAAUUCUAUACCUUUAAGUCGGUUCAAUAAAAGUUUUAGCAGCCGGCCUUGAGAGCACAGCUUCACUAUGCUAUGUGCCAAUGAGUCAGUGUGGGCUGGGUCUAUCACAAUUAUACUAUAAUAUCAUAAAAAGUAGUGUGUGAUGACCAAAAUAGAUUUUACUAGGUUUUUUAGAAUGUAAGUUUUUUAGCAGCUAGUAAGUAUAAUCGAGUAAGUAUACUUGCUUGUAACGGGUUUUGGAGA